AUGGGUAGCAAGUACAACGUGGAGUGCAUCGCGGGAGUUGAGAAAGCCAAGUACUUUUAUAUUGCUGGAUUUUUUCUCACUGGGUCACCAGACUCCAUACAGCUCGUUGCCGAACAUGCAGCUGCAAAUAACAAGGUAUUCGCAAUGAACCUUUCUUCUCGAUUUAUCUGCGAGUUUUCCAAGGAUGCACAGGAGAAAGUUUUGCCGUAUAUGGACUAUGUCUUCGGCAAUGAGACAGAAGCAAGAGCCUUCUCAAAAGUUCAUGGCUGGAAUACAGAUAAUGUUGAAGAAAUAGCAGUAAAGAUUUCCCAGUUGUCCAAAGCUUCUGGAACAUACAAAAGAAUCACUGUUAUUACUCAGGGUGCAGAUCCCGUUGUGGUGGCCGAGGAUGGGACAGUUAAGAAGUUCCCAGUCAUACUAUUGCCUAAGGAAAAACUUGUCGAUACAAAUGGGGCAGGGGAUGCAUUUGUCGGAGGAUUCCUCUCACAGUUGGUUCAAGAGAAACCAAUUGAAGAAUGUGUGAGAGCUGGGAAUUAUGCUGCCAAUGUUAUCAUCCAAAGGUCUGGCUGCACAUACCCAGACAAGCCAGAUUUUCACUAAGCUAUAAGCUAUUCCAUUUCCCCCUUGGUUGACUUCCCUUCACUGUAUAUUUCGUAACUUCUAAGAGGUACACACGUAAUAAUAUAUGGGUCUCAGCAAAGCCCCAAUGACUAAACUACCCUUAUAUCCACUAAUACUCUCUCUCAAGCUGGAGCAAAGAUGUUGUUAAUCAUGCCCAGCU